AUGUUAGUUCACUUCUGUCAUAUUACGCAUAGUUGGUUUAUAAUGGGCAAAGAAAAAAUUCACAUUAAUAUUGUCGUCAUUGGACACGUCGAUUCGGGUAAAUCGACGACGACUGGGCAUCUUAUUUAUAAAUGUGGUGGUAUUGAUAAACGAACGAUUGAGAAAUUCGAGAAAGAAGCGCAGGAAAUGGGUAAAGGAUCAUUUAAAUAUGCGUGGGUUCUUGAUAAAUUAAAGGCUGAACGUGAACGUGGUAUUACGAUUGAUAUCGCUUUGUGGAAAUUCGAGACCUCCAAAUAUUAUGUUACUAUUAUUGAUGCACCUGGCCAUCGUGAUUUUAUCAAAAACAUGAUUACUGGUACGUCGCAGGCUGACUGUGCUGUAUUGGUAGUAGCAUGUGGUACUGGUGAGUUCGAGGCAGGUAUUUCGAAAAAUGGUCAAACUCGUGAACAUGCGCUUUUAGCGCAAACUCUUGGCGUUAAACAGCUGAUAGUUGCAUGUAACAAAAUGGAUUCAACAGAACCACCAUUUUCCGAAGCGCGAUUUAAUGAGGUGACUACGGAAGUAUCAAAUUAUAUUAAAAAAAUUGGUUAUAACCCUAAGGCAGUAGCCUUCGUUCCAAUCUCUGGUUUCAAUGGUGACAAUAUGAUGGAACCAUCUAACAAUAUGCCUUGGUUCAAAGGAUGGACCGUUGAGCGGAAGGAAGGCAAUGCUACAGGCAAAACUCUUUUGGAAGCCCUUGAUUCGAUCAUGCCACCAGCUCGUCCAACUGAUAAACCACUACGUCUUCCUUUGCAAGAUGUGUAUAAGAUAGGAGGUAUUGGAACAGUUCCUGUUGGUCGAGUCGAAACUGGAAUUCUGAAACCGGGAAUGGUCGUUACUUUUGCCCCGCAAAAUGUUACUACGGAAGUUAAAUCUGUUGAAAUGCACCAUGAAUCACUUGCAGAAGCACUUCCUGGCGAUAACGUUGGUUUCAACGUUAAAAACAUUUCGGUCAAAGAUAUUCGUCGUGGAUCAGUUGCUUCAGACUCUAAAAACGAUCCCGCUAAAGAAGCGAAAGGAUUCACUGCUCAGGUUAUCAUCAUGAACCAUCCUGGGCAAAUCGGUCCUGGAUAUACACCUGUUCUCGAUUGCCACACGGCCCAUAUUGCUUGUAAAUUCGCUGAACUUAAAGAAAAAGUUGAUAGGCGAUCUGGAAAGAAGGUGGAAGACAAUCCUAAGUUUCUUAAAUCUGGAGAUGCUGGCAUUGUUGACUUAAUUCCAACAAAACCGAUGUGUGUUGAAUCAUUUACUGAUUAUCCACCUCUUGGUCGCUUUGCUGUGCGUGAUAUGCGACAGACAGUUGCUGUAGGUGUCAUCAAAUCAGUUGAUAAAACUGAAACGGCCGGUAAGGUAACUAAGGCUGCACAAAAAGCCGGUGUUGGAACUAAGAAAAAAUGA